AUGUCGCGCGAAGAACGCCGGACUGACGAUAUCGUCGUCCUCGAGAACGCCCCACACUUAUCCCUCGACCUCAUCUCCGGCUCCCAUUCCGACGAGAAGAUAGACGAGGAGAAGGCCACCUCUCUCUCUGACAGCACUCAUCAUCAGGUCAACACUCUCCAAGCAGGCGAACGUCAAGCGGAAAUCAUCGGCGCUGAUGGUCAACCCAAGAUUGUCGUUUGGACACUGAAAGAGCAAAGGGCAGUAGUGAGAAAGGCUGACUUUUUCUUACUUCCCAUCUUUGCUCUGGGUUUCUUCUGGAUGGCUCUCGACCGCGCCAACAUCUCUGGCGUUUUGACCUCUACUAUACUCAAGGACACUGGCAUCACUCAGGACCAAAUCAACAUCGGCUCAUCUCUCUUGUGGCUCGGCGUCGUCCUCCUCGAAAUCCCAAGCAACGUCGUCUUGCAGCGCGUCGGUCCUCAUCGUUGGAUCCCGAUCCAGAUCAUCAUCUGGGGGUUGGCCGAGACUCUGACUUACAAAGUCAGCUCCAAGGGUGGAUGGUAUGCUGCCAGGCUGUUCCUUGGACUUUUGGAGAGUGGUUUCAUUCCAGGUAGUCUCUAUGUUCUGUCCCAGUGGUACACUCGUGAUGAACUAGUCAUGCGUACCUCACUCUUCUUCUUCGGCAAUGUCCUCUCUGGCGCUUUCGGUUCUCUCAUAGCAGCCGGCUGUAUCAAACUCUCCGGCAAAGGUGGACUCGGCGGCUGGCAAUGGAUCUUCAUCAUCGACGGCGUUGCCACAAUCGCCACCGGCAUCCUCGCCCUCCUCUUUCUCCCCUCCUCCCCACGCCACACCGCCGGCCUCUUCCGCGGGAAAGGGUGGCUCUCCGAACGUCAAGCUGACAUCUACCUCGCCCGUCUGGAAGCCGAUGACCCCCUCAAAUCGAAAGAGCUGCACUUGCAGAUAGGGUUCCGAGACAUAUGGAACGUACUGGGGAACUGGAGGUUAUGGCCGCAUUUGGUGAUGUGUCUUGCGGGUCUGCAGGCUGGGCAGGGGGCGGGGGCGUGGUCGGGGACGAUCUUGAAGAGUUUGGGGUUUACCUCUAUCAAAGCAAAUUUGCUCCUAGUCCCCGGCCCUAUAUUCAACGGUGUCAGCUCCAUCAUUCUAUCUCGUUUCAGUGACAGAUGGGACCGACGUGGAUGGUUUAUCCUAUUCUCCGCGGUGUGGACUCUUACAGGUCUCAUCGCUCUCUAUAAACUCCCCAUUCUUUCAGGUGGUAAUUGGGGCUUCUACACCGCCAUGGUCGUCACUGCCGCUGCCCCCUCGUGGCAGUCAUUCAAUGUCACUUGGGUAGCCCUCAACGCCCGUACCCCAGCCGAACGAUCCAUCACUUACGCCGUAUACAUCGGCUGUUCCAACCUCGGCGGCGUCUACGGCUCCCAAGUAUUCCGCGCCAGCGACGCCCCGCUCUACCGCCGUGCUUGGGCGGCUACCGUCUCCCUCGGGGCUAUCUGGCUCGCAUUCACGUUAUUGCAGAUCAUUCAGUAUGAGUGGUCGAAUAGGGUGAAGGAGAGAGAGUGGAACAAGUUGAGUGAGGAGGAGCAGGAGGCGUACAAGGCGACGACGUCGAAUGAUCCUAUCUCAAAGAGGUUGGAUGAGCGGUAUGCGUUGUAG